UUUAAUCCAAUGGUGCAAUCGAGUCCCGUUAUUUAACUAAGUGAUUUAAAUGUGUAACAUUUUCUCAUAUUACAUAAAAGUGAUGUAACUUGAACUGUAAAAUAAAACAAUACUAAAUUGAAUAAAUUCAUAUAUAUUUUAUCGAGCUUACAUCAGCAACAUCUAGUGAAUCAAGUUAAAUUACUAGUUACGUUAUCACUAAAGAAAAUAAACAAAAAUGGUUGCUGAAGUGCAAUUAAGUUCGAAUUCAGCAGACGAAUAUUCUGUGAGCAUUUGCCUUCCGAAUAGCCCGCAAGAAAAGGUAUCAAAAGUUUUAAAACCAACAGAGCGUGUUCAUUUAGAAUUUAUUAAUCUCACCGUUAGUGUCAAUGAUAAAGAAAUUUUAAAAAAUGUCAGUGGUGAAAUAAAUCCAGGAGAAGUUUUAGCAAUCAUGGGACCCUCAGGUGCUGGAAAAUCUACACUUCUUAAUUUGCUUGUUGGAAGGGAAACAAAAGGUGUGGUCAUUAACUCUGGUGCAAUCAAAAUAAACGGGGAAAAAGCAUCAAAGUUUUUGCGAAGAAAAAUUGGUUAUGUUUUACAAGAAGACAUAUUUUUUUCAAAUCUAACAGUGCGUCAGUCAUUAGAAUUUGUAGGAAAAAUUAGACUUCCAGAUUUUAUGAAAUGGAAAGAAAAGUUAUCAAUAAUAAAUGAAGUUAUAAACAAUCUGGGAUUAAAGAAAUGCGAAAAUACAAUACUGGGCGGAGAUCUUUUUAAUCCAGGAUGCUCAGGAGGUGAAAAAAAACGGUGCAGUAUAGCAGUUGAACUCAUUAGGAACCCAGCAUGUAUAAUUAUGGAUGAACCAACAUCAGGUUUGGAUUCAUCAACUGCGCUGGGACUUAUAAAAACUUUAAAAGCGCUUGCAAAGAAUGAAAACCGAGCAAUUUGUAUGACUAUUCACCAGCCUUCUAGCCAUGUGUUUCAUAUGUUUGAUAAACUGUUACUUUUAUGCAAUGGAAAGGUUGUAUAUUUUGGUAAAAAUUCUGAAGUUUUAACAUUUUUUCAAGCAAUCGGAAUGCCUUGCUAUCCAAAUUGGAAUCCUGCAGAUUUUAUCAUGGAUCAGCUCACAGCUCAUAUUGAUGUUCAAAACAAGAUUGCUGAAGGCUACAUUACAUUUAGAAAAGAAAAUCCUUUUCACAAUGAUAAUUAUUUGGAUUCUGGAAAAGAUAAGUUAUCUUUAAGCACUCCUGAAAGUUCACCUGAUCAUAUCAAAUCGCAUACAAACAUUGCAAUUGAAUAUGUUAAAGAAGAUACAAAUGAUAUUGUUCAUGAGAAAAAUGGUUUCAUUAAUGAAAAUAAUAUGCUUAAGUCAACAAUAAAUGUAGAAAGUGCAGAAAAAUGGCCUACUGGUUAUUUUACGCAAGCGUCAGCAUUAUGUAAAAGAUCUUUUUUACAAACAAAAGGUCAAUUUUGGGAUAAAAUAAGUUUUAUACAGGCAUUUUCUAUAUCAGGAAUAGCCGGCCUUAUUUGGUUCAAUACACCUUAUGAUGAAAAGUCUUUACAGGAUCGUCAGGGAGUUAUUUUUUUCCUCAUGAUUUAUAUGUUUGCUAACCAGAUGUUUUCUACACUUCUCACAUUUCCUACUGAAAGUAAGGUGAUUGCUAAAGAGCGUGCUGCUGGUAUGUAUCGUCUCUCAGCAUAUUAUACAGCUAAGAACAUAGUUGACUUACCAAUUUUAUUUCUUCCGCAGUUUUUUAUUUAUACAAUAACAUACUGGCUAACUGGGCUGAAUCGUUCACCUAUAUUUCUGCUAGGACUUUUUAAUAUCAUGUUAAUUACUCUAACAGCACAAUCUGCUGGACUCAUAAUCGGCGGAAGCGUUAAAAACCUAAAAAAAGCUAUUGUUGCUGCAGUAAUUGUAUUAAUGUCCACUAUGCUUUUAGCAGGUUUUUAUACAAAAAGAUUGCCUAGUUGGCUAACAUGGUCCAAGUAUAUAUCUCAUCUUACUUAUAUAUACAACGUGUUUGUAAGAAUGGAGUUUCAAUACGCUGUUAAACCGUUUAAAUGUUCCGAAAAUUCCAUUUUUCAACAAUGUACUUCCAACAACACAUACAUCACUGGUCACGAUAUAAUGAUGAAAACCAAAAAUAUUGAUUUAGAUAUAACACAGUCGCUUUUAACGAUUAUUGGAAUUAUCCUUACGCUCAGAAUUUUAUUUUACUAUGUUCUUAAGUAUUUAAACAAACCUAACUAAAGGUCUGGAAACUUGACUAUUAUUCUAAAUAUUUGAAAUAAUUGAAAAAUAUCAUCGACAAUAGUAGAAUAUUAUUUUGUAUUAUUUUGAAUUGAAUUUCAUACUAACAAACAAUAUUCUAAACAAAUUUCUAGAAUAGUGUUUUUAACAUCCAUA